UACCUCAUUUUAAUGGCGAAGGAUUUCGGCUGUGAACGUGUCUUGGCCCUGUUCACGUGUUGUUGCUCUCGAAGCAAAUGUGUUACCAGUAAAUUUGUGACUUUUGGGCAUGACGUUUUGACGAAAAAAUUAUUGAAUCCACUGCUAUUUGUUUCUCUAGUUUGAUUUGUUUCAUUUUGUUGACAUUGUGCAUUUUUGUUAUGCCUGCUUCGGUGGCCGAUCCGGUGGCUCUCGUACUGCGAACCGCUUUGAGCGGGAAAAAGGGUCCUUACUCGCAUGAAACAGAAAAUGCUCCAGAAUUACUCGAGGAUCGGUUGGCAGCAUCUGCCAAGAGAGUAUUGCUCUCAUCCAUUGAAUAUGAACCUGCUCCUAAACAACAACUACUUUCGCUGGACACAUUGAAGAGCAAGUAUACUGUGCUCAAUUCCAGCCUUUCUGCUAAAAUCACAUCCCUAAAUGGAUCAAGUCCUGUGACAAUUCAAGAUUCGCUCCCAGCCCCCAAGGUCACCCUGUUUCGAAGUGAAGAUGUGAAAGUUGGGUGGAAAGGCUCUGUACCAGUUGGAGCUGGCAUGAUAAAUAUGGGAAAUACUUGUUAUAUGAAUUCAACGUUACAAGCACUUUUCCACGUCCCAUCAUUGUCUAACUGGCUGUCGAGUGUUAGACAAUGUAAAAACUGUGAUCCUAAUGGAAGUCAGCUCUGUGUUGUGUGUAUUAUUGCUAAGACACUUCAGUCUACGCACGACAAAUCAGGAUCUGUUAUCAAACCCAUUUUGGUCUACAAUAGACUAAAACUGAUUUGCAAACAUUUAGUUCAUGGAAGGCAAGAAGAUGCCCAUGAAUUUAUGCGAUACUUAAUGGAAGCUAUGGAAAAGGCGUAUCUUCAGAGCGUCGGUGGAACUAAACUCGACUCGCGUAGUAAAGAGACUAACCCUCUCGGGCAGAUAUUUGGAGGCUACAUACGAACUGAGGUUACUUGUUUGAAGUGUAAACACACAUCAACCACCUUCCAACAUUUUCAGGACAUCCCUUUGGAUAUUCAGCAUGCCUCAACUCUAGAUGAUGCUUUGGGUCAUUAUUUCCGUCGCGAGAGGCUUGAAGGAGACAAUGCUUAUAAAUGCGAAAAAUGCAAGAGCAAGGUCCCUGCUACCAAAAAAUUUUCAAUUGAGCGCGCCCCGAAUGUACUGUGCAUCCAGUUGAAGCGUUUUGGACUCAUGGGCGGGAAAAUGUCCAAGCACAUCCAGUUCAGUCGUAACCUGAACUUGAAUCGCUUUCUUUUUCAUCAGUCGUCGGGUGGACCCUGUGUUGCCUACAAGUUUGUAUCGCUCAUCAAUCACAUGGGUCCAUCACAGCAUUGCGGUCAUUACACCGCGAUUGCAGAGGCAAGCAAUGGACAACUGUAUCUCUUCGACGAUUGCUCCGUCCGUCUAAUCUCACUUAAUGUCGCAAUGAGUACGGGCGCAUAUGUAUUGAUCUACGAGAAAGUGCAAUCGUCUCCUUCUACUCCUACUAAUAGUAUGGCUAAAAUAAGUAACAUCCAAGCUAACAGUCCAGCUCCUUCGCCUAAGCUUCCGAUUCCACGACCGGCGAUAAUUUCAGAGCCCUCUCGUCCAAAAAUCCAAAUUGAACUAAAAAAGGCUGAUCCUCUUCUAACAAAACCUCGAUUGAUUAUGCGAAACGGGUCGGCACUAUUCAAAUCUUCUACGGCGCUCCCCCCUUCUCCUGUUGUUACUGUUGCUCCUGUUAACGUAUCAGCCGUCAAGGAAGAACCACGCGUCGUCCCUGUAACUGCUCCAAAAACCUCCCCACUUAAAAAUCCGACCGCCUUGGUGCCUUACGAUGGCGAAUCGUCGGAUGAAGAACCAGAGAAAGAAACUGCCACAACCAAUGCUACCACAGAAACCCAUUCAUCAUCUGCUGUUUUGAAAGCUACCGAAACCAAGUGGCAAGUCAGCCCAUCUCCAACUCCUAUUGAGACACCAACUACAGUGUCAAGUAACGGUGGGCCCACAGUCGCCACUAAGUGGCAAGUAUCAGAUAACACUCAGCAGGACAACAGCAGCAGCAGUACCACUAGCAGCGGCAGUGUCAGUCAGAAAUGGAUCGUUCGAUCAUUGAGUGAUACUGAAUCAGAAAGAGCUAAUCCAACACGUAGUGAACAGAAGGUUUACUACAGCGACACAGAGAUGGAUCCACCCUCUACUAAGGACACACCACCUUUAAGAAAACUGGGUAACAAGAUUCGUCUCAUUAGUGGGAAAAUAUUUGGACCUUCCACUAAGCAAGUCGACGCAAAACUGACAAACGAAACUUGUAAAAGUAAGGAUGCAACCCUUCCGACUGAACCAGUCAAAGAAACGAAAUCCGAGCCCGUCAAGGAGGAGCAUUCCCUCAUAACCAGCACUGACCCAGCAACGAAUACACUGCCUGCUGACAUGCCUGCUAAGUGCAGUAAUGUAAAAUGGGAUGGAAGUCGCACUACUGAUACAGUAAAGGAAUUACUCCGCAUGUCUCAUAGUGGAUUCAGCGAUCAAGUUCGAACUUGGGAUGGAGGCAAAAGUCAUUUGACGAAACAAGUAGAGGAUGACAAGCGCUUACAGCGCAAACGGACAGCUGACGACUUGGUGGACGAAGAAAUAGACAAGGGAAAGACUAAGAAGAUCAAGUCCAACAAAGAGGAAAACACUGAAUCCAGUCCUUCUCGCAAUGGUUACAACCCGUUCCAAGUGUUUCAAGACUCUGUUCAGAAGAACAAAGACCAAAAGCAGCAACAUCAUAAACCCGAUCAUUUUAACAAUAAUCAAUCUCACAAUCGAUAUGGUUAUCAAGGUAAUCGGGGUAAGGGCUUUCGCAGUCGUGGAGGAUCAGACCAUCAUCGAUCGAAAAGUCAAUCUUGGCGUCGGUUUCGGUAGUGCAUCCCAUCAAAAUUUCUCUUUGUUGUAAUUUUCACGCCAUCUUACUCUAAAAUUCACAUUGGUUAUAAUCGUAAUUCUUUUUUGUUGCCAUUGGGAAAACUUGUGUAGGGGGUUCAAAUUUAAAGUGACCCAAUGUCUUCUUUCCAUCCUUCUAGCCACUACCGUGUAGUUUUGUUCCUCAAUUACGGUUUGAUUUAUCGAUUAUCGAUGCAAGAAGCGCGCAUUAAUGGAUAUCAUAAAUGAUGAAAAAAUAAUAAAAAUAAAAAAAACAGCGUUAUCUAUCUGUAUAAAUAUAUAACAAUAUUUUACACCCCACUUUCUAACAAUUUUCUUUUUUUCUUAUUAAGAAUUUGAUUUCUCACUCCUAUAUAGUGAAAUUUUUGCAGUAGUUCAUCAAAGGAAAAAUCAAUCCAUAAUCUUUUUAGGGGGGGUCGUAAACUUGGUUUGUUCUGGGCUAGGUGAAGACUAAAAAGAUUUUUAAAAAAUCCUUAACAAUAACGAUUAUAACGAUUACAGGAAAAAUUACCCGAAGGGUUACUGGUCAAAGUUUCGUUUGCAGUAUGGUUUACAUGGGCACCCUCAGUUCUCGUAACACUACAUAGAUGGAUCCACUAGUUUUUGGCAAUUAUUGAUUGUAAUCAACAAUUUUAUUGCAUUUCAAUGGCAGUAAUCGGUAGCUUACAAUUUUUUACAUCUAUUCUGAAAAUUUAGCUGCAAUCGAUUCAGGCAUUUGAUAAAACGGAGUUCUGGUUACUUUUUGACAGAAUUUCAAUAGCUGUUACAGCAGACGAUAAUACAGAGACAUGUGACAGGGAUAUAAACGUAACGUGACAAUCGACUACUAUUGUAUGAUAGAAUAGAAGUCACUGUAUGUUAUCACCGAAAGCUAUCAAUCUCCAGUAACAGAAGUGCUGAUAGGUAGUUACUUAAAUUUAAUUUUAACAAGAUCCGGUGUGACGUGGGGUGGCGGGGCGAAGCCUCCGCCGCACCAAAGUCACGCCUUACCCUUACGCCGCGCCAUAUCAUAUUAGGUUUUUUUGGAAUUUAAUUUUUAUUUAAUGUUUGGAUAGAAACAUGCGGAAAUAUUCUUUUAAUCCCUUUCUCGAUUUUUGCUUAUUACAAUCUUCCGGAAACUAAGGGCAUACAUUUUUUUUAAAUGUUAUUAAUCCAUCUUAAUAAUAGGCCUACCUUUAUAACAGAAUAUUUUUAUUAUUCUAUAACUAUUCUAUAGCUCUGUCUUUGUAAAACUAUACCAAUACUACUAUACCAACUAGAAUACCCUUAACAUUCCCUUCGGGUACCUUGCGGCGUACGUACGCUGCCUACAGUGUAAGACCGACUUAAAAAAAUUCCCUGAGCAAAACCAUGAUGGAGGAAUGGAGGAGGCGCUACUCGGGCUUAAAAGUAUCGAUUCUGUUGGUGGUUCCUUUUUCUGUCACUAGAUGCGGAAGUUGUUUUCAGAUUUAGUUGCCAUCGUUACGAUACCUUACUAGUCUUCAACCCAGCCAGUCUAUUAUGGCACGCCGAAAGGGACACAAAAAAAAAUGUUUAAUUAAAAAAAAAGUUAAGCUUACUUCGAAAAUUACCAAUGAUUCAUAGGUAAACUCGAGUGAUUUCGUCUGUAAUAACUUGUCGGUGAUGUGUUCUAUUCCGUGUAUAUGACUAUAUGUUGGAUAACCUUAAUGUUUUUCAUCAACUCACAGUCAGAGUAAACGUGAAAGUCAUGCAACCUACCGUCAACUAUUUUGUUCAAACUCAUUGUAUUCUACUGAAUGUGUCAUCGAAAUGAUACAGAUCACCGACUUCAGCAUGGAACAAUCUCUCAUUCCAUCUUAUCGAGAAUCUUGGAUAACUGAUUUGUGGUUUCAUGUUUCUAAAUUGGCAUGACUGACUAUAUGAGAAGUUAUGUCCUUCCAAGAAAAGGACUUACAGUCAACAAGAUUCCUUGUUUGCUAACCCGGCGUUGGCUGCUACCCAUGAAUCUCCCUAUUUUUCAAGAACAAAAAAAGAGGUUAAAUAUUGUGAUCAUGCUAUCAUGAGUAUCAUCAUUAUGUUGCCUAUAAGACCGAAUGUGGGGCAUAUGGUUAUCCCUCCAAAAUAAGGCAAUGACCACACGUUCAACGCGGAUCAUCGCUUUGUCAUCGAACUUGACUCAUUCCAUCUUCUGGAUUGCUUAGGAAAGCUGAUUGGUGUUAUUCUGUGUAACUUCAUUGUCAUGUCACUGAAUUUAAAUUUUGUUUACAUUUUGUUUAGCUUGAUUUAGCCAUUUAGGUAAUGACCGAGAAGAUGCGGCCUACAUGAACAUCAUUUAGGCGACCAGCAUCAUUCGACUACCCAACCGGCUUCUACUACCCUGCUCUCAACACAGCACGGAGUUUUACUCUUAGAUUUUUGGCUGUUCGCGAUGUGUGAUGGCGUUUCCUUGGACGAGAUGAUGAUUUUGGCGAGAAAAAUAUUGCGAACCUGAAGGUUCCUACAUUUGCAUGACAGACUUUAUGAAAAGUAAUGUUCUUUCAAGAAAGUCAACAAGGUCCCUUUUUGCUAACCCAAUGGCUGCUACCCUUGAAUCUCCCUAUUUAGCUCCUUACACAGUCCCUCUUGAUUUGAGGGUGAUCCUUCGCUACUGAUCAUGGACUCCAUUGGUGAAACUGAAAACCGACGAGAGAAUGCUGUAAUCCAAGACUGAUAAAUUGUGUGCUGAUUUAAACAAGUUGCGACUGGAGAACCACCUGCAGGUCGAGGGUCUAUGAGAAAGAUUCCUACCGUCAAAGAAACCAAACAAACCCAAGGUCGCCGUGUACGACUUACUGAACAUUUCAUACCAACUCUUCCUCUGUUACUCGGGAAAUAUAUGACUGAUCCCGAACAAGUUGCAAACCUCUUGUCAAUCCCUCAAUACCUUAAUAUGGAAAUCUAUACUACCUCACGUCAAGAGAAGAGUCUAGAUUCGUUAUUGCGCUUGAUCCAGAAUAUAGUGGAAAGGCACACCACAACAGAAGUGUUGGAAGGCUGCGCUCAAGCGCUGGAAUAUCUUUGUAAUGAAGAUUACGCCAUAUCUUCUCGAUGUGAUUUAACAAGGAACACUUUAAUUGAUCGUAUCGUUAAGAAAUGCGAACAAGAUUAUGAAAAUUAUGUAACACUGAUGGCUGGCGACGACGAGCCCAACAAGGAUUCGGUGUUUACGCUGGUAUUGGGUUUGAAAAAAAUUGCCUUAUUCUCGUCACAUCACAAUCUUGGGACAUGGAAUUUGUGGGAUGUUUAACGGAAUUCAAGAAACUUUAAACCUAAAUCGGUCAAUGCCACUUGAAGCUAUAAAAUAUUGCAUUUCUGCUUGCCAUUCUGCUGUUUUAUGGGAGCUUCUGCAAUUCAAAAACUGUUCUGGACAAGGAACGUCUGCCGCCCAACAACAGAAACAAUUAAGAGAUCAUUUGGACGCGUACAUGUCUUUGAUGACUGAGCUUAUCACUUCGAACGUUGCUGAUUUUAGAGAAGAGGCAUACGUGUCUGUAGGGGAUUUGCUUAUAUGUUUUAGCAAGCGACUAAAAGACAAUCCUCAGUUAAAACCGCUUGUUUACGAGCCUGAUCGUGACCUACAACAAAUUCUGGAAAACUUCAUUCAGACUUAUGUAUUUGUUGAAGAAGAAGAAGAUGUAGACGAGGAAGGCGACGAAGGCGACGAACAUAAAAAAAUUGAAAAAUUGCACAAUCGCCGGAACUAUUUAUCGGUUUUCUGCAAACUCGUGGCUUGCAACGUCUUGCCUGUAAAAGCUGCGGCAGGUGUUAUUAGACACUAUGUCAAGUAUUACGAUGAUUACGGUGACAUCAUUAAGACAUUAUUGGGAAAAACUCGAAACAUCAACAAAAUUACCAGUGCAAAAACUAUGGUUCUUAGUCUCUCAUUGCUGUUUCACGAUCUAACAAGGGAUGGUGGAAGUCGUAUUGAUCGGCAGUCAGAAGAAUUUCUUAGUGUCAAGGAAUUGGCCAAAGAAUUGGCCAUGUCAUUUGGACUCGAUACGGUGAAAAAUCGCGAAGCUAUCACCGCCCUUCAUAGAGACGGAAUUAUUUUUGCCAAAUCCACUCGAGAAUCCAAAUAAUCAAAUUGGCCCUCUUCCUAAUUUAGCGUUUCUUGAAAUUUGUGGCGAGUUUUCAAACAAACUGUUAAAACAAGACAAAAAGGUGGUUUUACAGUUUUUGGACCGAAUGCUGAUCAUGGGUAGGCUUUCACCUCGUCGAGAAUGGGAACCUAUCUUGUUCUACCGGAAUUCCUUGGUUCAUGGCGAAACUGAUCCACCUCCGCAUUCUGUCAGGAGCGCUAACAGACGACGUCGUCGCGAUACAGGUGGAGACGACGGUGAAAUCGCUGAUAACGAUGAUGGAUCAGAUCACGAAUUUGCCGAGGGUGGGUAAUGUUACCCGGUUUGACUUCAGCAUUUGAGUCUUGUGAAUGAAUGAAGUGAAUUCGUAGUAACAUAACAUGUACGUGUAAAAGUUUCAUUUCAUUUUUUGAUAAAUUUCCAGUGUUAACGCAUCUUAUCUGCGAUGAUUCUAGGAAAUGUUAGUUUUUAUUAACGUUUGGUGAGGUGCUUUGUUAUUUAUCCUUUUGGCUACUGAACUGCGACAUGUAAAUUUCCAUUUUAACAAUGGAUCCUGCUGUUAGAUUACGUACGAUCGCACUUGUAGGAUUCUCUAGGAUAAAUAAACACAGUUGACAGUU